AGCCCCGCCCCCUUCACACACUUCCUGAUUCUCAAACAAACAUGGUGCCGUACGGUUCCACCGUGGCGCUACUUUCCGUGUUUUCUGUCGUUUUUGCGGUCUUUGUCUCGUGUUUUGUGGCGGACUCCGGCGUAACCGGUCCGGGUGUCUGCCUGGCUGUGGCAGCCGGGAUCCUGUCGAUGUGUUGGCGGAGGCUGCGGCAGCGGGACGCCGGUUCGGACCGGCGGGUCUGCGUCCUGGUGCUGGGGGACAUCGGACGCAGUCCUCGGAUGCAGUAUCACGCUCUGUCCCUCAGCAAACACGGGUACCAGGUCACUUUUGUCGGGUUUUUAGAUUCAAAGCCCCAUCAGGACGUGCUGAAGGAGGAGAAGAUCCGGAUAGUCGGCAUCUCAGAGGUUAAAGGUCUUCGAGCUGGACCAAAACUCCUGACGUACGUGACGAAGACGGUGGUCCAGUCGGUGCAGCUGCUUCACGUUCUGCUGUCCCUGGAGCUGCAGGCUCACAUCCUGAUGCAGAAUCCUCCUGGGCUGCCUGGGAUUGCGGUGGCGUGGCUCGUGUGCGUUCUGCGCGGCAGCACCUUCAUCAUUGACUGGCACAACUAUGGCUACACCAUCAUGGCUCUGAGCCUCGGAGCGUCGCAUCCUCUGGUCCGACUCGCCAAGCGGUAUGAACACCUGUUCGGCCCUCUGGCCUCCCACAGCCUGUGUGUGACGAACGCCAUGAAGGACGACUUGCAGAAAAACUGGGGCGUCGAGGCAACCACUCUGUACGACCGGCCGGCCUCCAUCUUCAGAGAGACUCCUCUGGAUCUGCAGCACCAGCUCUUCCUCAAGAUGGCCGACACUCAGCCGCAGUUCAGAGCCUCAGGGUCCGACUCUGAGGAGACGGAGGCGACUGCGUUCACCGUCCGUAACCCAGGCGACGGCGGCGUGACCCUGAGAUCGGACCGGCCGGCUCUGCUGAUCAGCAGCACCAGCUGGACGGAGGACGAAGAUUUCUCCAUCCUGCUGGAUUCUCUGCAAGAGUACGAAGGCUUCAUCAGAGGAGGAGCGCCGCUGCCGUCGCUAGUCUGCGUCAUCACAGGAAAAGGUCCUCAGAAGGAACACUACAAGAAGCUGAUCGCCUCGCUGCGUUUGGAGUGCGUGAAGAUCUGCACACCGUGGCUGGAGGCCGAGGAUUACCCGCUGCUGCUGGGUUCAGCAGAUCUGGGCGUCUGCCUCCACAAGUCGUCCAGCGGUCUGGACCUGCCCAUGAAGGUGGUGGACAUGUUCGGCUGCUGUCUUCCUGUCUGCGCCAUCCACUUCCACUGCCUGCAGGAGCUGGUGGAGCACGAAGUGAACGGUUUGAUCUUCAGGGACUCUGCAGAACUCGCCCAGCAGCUCAAGGUGAGACGAUCCGCUGAAGCUCGACCUGCAGGACCAAACGCAGCUGCGUUCACAACUUUACUGAUGCAAACCCAAAACAUGCAGCUCUAUCAAUGUUUCUGCAACAUUAAUGAAGCAGACGAUUGCUUGGAAUCCAGUUUCAGCAUCCAGAGAAGGUUUUCAGUCAUUAGUCGUCCGUUUGAGCGAAGUCGGCUCCUUCUUUGCGUCUAAAAGAAUUGGUGUCAAAGGUUUGUGCAGUAAACAUUGUUUGUGCCGCUAUCAUUUAAAAAUAGGAACUUUUCAAAGGUCAGAGGUCAUCAAUAUCUUCAAAGCAAAAGCAGCACAAGCAAAAUGUUAUGCUGCAAAGUGUAGCUGAUUGCAGAGGCGGGUAGUAACUAGUUACAUUUACUCAAUUACAUUUGAGUACUUUUUGGGGAAAAAUGUACUUUUAGUAGUACUUUA